AUGGUAUUUAGCAGUUCAGCAGUGAGGCAUUUACGUGAUUGGCUGAAGCCUGGAUGUUACGGGGUAACAACGAAUCGAGAGAACUCCAUCGAGUUCGACGGAUUAGGAUGGAGGAAAGCGGGAGUUGGAGGCAGUGCUGCAGUAGGUAGGGACGGGUUUUCCCCUUUCGAGAUUUUCCCCACUGGGUUUGCUCAAAGCGGUUUUUUACCUGUCCAAAGGAGACACGAUCCAUUAGCACCAGAUUCUCUAGAUUUCCACGAGACAUCCAUCGAGUUCGACCCAACCUGCGACCUAGUCAUCGUGUUUCCAGUACCGUUACACUGGAAGGUUCAGCAGUUUAGCAGUGAGGCAUUUAUGUGA